GAAGGCGUCGCUUCAGAAAGGGUGAAAGGCGGGACAUAAUACGGAAAAAAAAGUACAACACUUUCAUAUAAAAUGUCAUCUCCAAAGAUUCCACCUUUCCUCAAAUCAAACACAUACACAUUCAUAUCAUAUGGAAGGAAUGAUCAGAGGACGCACCAUAGGCCAGGGCGCCACCGCUACAGUCUAUCUCGCCACCACUUUUUCCGGCGAGCUCUUUGCAGCCAAGUCUGCAGAGCUCUCUGUUUCGUCUCUAUUACAGAGAGAACAAAAAAUCCACUCUCAAUUGAACUCACCCCACAUAGUUAAAUACCUCGGUUCUUCCAUCACCCAUGAAAGAACCAAACUUUUCUACAAUCUCUUCACCGAAUACGUUUCCGGUGGAUCUCUCUUUGAUUUGAUUCAACGGCAGAAGGGUGGAUUUAUUAAAGAACCGAAGAUCAGAUCUUACACUAAAGAUAUCCUGUUGGGUCUUGAUUAUCUCCAUUCCAAUUUCGUCGUGCAUUGUGAUAUUAAGAGUCGGAAUAUCUUGAUUGGAGAAGAUGGCGCAAAGAUAGCCGAUCUGGGUUGUUCUAAAAAGUCCGGAAAUUUAUCUGAUUUGGGAUUUACCGGUACGCCGAUUUUCAUGGCGCCGGAGGUGGCGAGAGGUGAAGAUCAGAGUUUUCCGGCGGAUGUUUGGGCCAUUGGGUGUACUGUAAUAGAGAUGGCUACUGGAUCUUUUAAUCCAUGGCCGGAGAUAACCGACCCUGUUUCUGCACUUUACAGAAUUGGGUAUACCGGCGAUUUCCCUGAAUAUCCAACUUCCCUCUCCGACGAUGGCCGUGAUUUUCUUAACAAGUGUUUUGAAAGAGAUCCUGUACAGAGAUGGACAGUGAAACAGCUACUCCGGCAUCCAUUUGUCAACUAUUUAGAAAAAACAAUCGAAUUCACCGGCAGUAGUUCACCUUUCUCAGUUUUAGAUCAUGGUUUCUGGGUGGACUUGUCAGUUGUAUCUGAAGCAAGGAGGAACGUUGUUAAUCUUUUAAGCAGCGGCAGUUCAUCUCCGGCGGAUCGAAUGAGGAAUUUAGCUGGUGAUGGGCAUGAUUUGAAAGAUUGGAGUUUGGAUGAGGAUUGUUGGGUGAGUGUUAGAAGUUUAGAGGAAAACAUCGGUGAAUUUGUUGUUGUUGUCAAUGAAGGUGAAUCUGGUGCUGAUCCGGCGACGAGAGGAACAGAUUUAGGUUUAGAUCCAUCAGGUGAUGAUGAUGAUGAAGAUGCGUGGUCGUUUGAUUUUAAUUAUUGGGGAGAUGAUGUAAUUUCAAAUUUGGAAAACAAUAGUCCAUUAAUAAUAUUCAUUAAUGAUAAUUGUAAUAAAAAUAAUCUUGAAAUGAACUUGUUAUUGCUUCUCUCAAAUAUAAGAUGA